CACUAGAUAGAAAAUCACCAGAUCCUGAGGCGCGCUCAGCGACAGGUGUCUCCUGGCAUACAGGUGUUCUCUUCAGUCGGCCAGUGGUGGUCAGCGGCGCGCAUUCGUGCGUGCGUGCGUGCAUGCCUGCGUGCGUGCGUGCAUGCGUGCGUGCAUGCGUGCUCCGUUCCGUUCCGUUCCGUACCACUCACGUCGUGGCGCGGGGAAGGACUGCUCUCCUCUCCUUCGCGGGUGCGUCGCCGCGAGUUCCGUUCCGUUUCGCGGCCGAGACUUUUCCUACGAGAAAGUGAUAUAUCGCGGGCGACGCGUAGAAACGCGGCGCGACGCCGUGUGUCGGAGCUUUGAAUAAUGACUCGGCCGAGGCGCAAAGUCAUCGACUCGGGAAUACCGAGAAGAGAGAGGAGCGAUCUACGCGCACGCCCGAUCGAUGGAAGGAUGGACUCGCGCUGCACUGGGAUAUUAUGUUAAUCGCCUUUUACGGUCAGAAUGAGGGAGGAAGAGCUCGAGAUAUCACUCAAGGUGGUGAUAGUGGGCAACGGCGCCGUGGGGAAGUCGUCGAUGAUUCAAAGGUUUUGCAAAGGUACAUAUACGAGGGACUACAAGAAGACGAUCGGCGUCGACUUCCUGGAGCGUGAAAUCGAAGUGGACGACGAGGACGUAAGACUGAUGCUGUGGGAUACUGCAGGACAGGAAGAAUUUGACGCGAUAACCGCGGCUUAUUACCGCGGCGCCCAUGCCUGUGUCCUCGCUUAUUCGGCUACCGAUAGAGAUUCCUUCGAUGCUAUUCCCACGUGGAAACUCAAGGUCGAGAACGAGUGCGGAGAAAUACCCACAGUUCUGGUGCAAAAUAAAAUCGAUCUUGUCGACCAGAGCGUGAUCGAUCCGGACGAAGCCGAGAGGCUCAGCCGUGCCUUAGGCUGCAAACUCCUGCGGACGUCCGUGAAGGAGGAUAUCGGCGUAAUGAGCGUCUUCCGACACUUGGCGUCCCGAUGCCUGCACGAGAUGCGUCGCUCCGACGACGACUAUCGAGACGACUUGAGAUUAUAUUCCGCGGAGCCUAGAUCUCCUUCCGUUAUCAGUGCGUUUAGUCCGGAUGGGUCAAUGUGUGGUCGUAACACUGGUAAUGGAACGAUAAUCCUCCGACCCGGCGGUAAAACUAAGAGUCAUAAGAAACGAAAUUUCGUAAAAAACGCUUGUAGACUCUUGUAGCUAUUUCCCGUAAUGUACGUACGACGGCAUUACAUCGCGUUCCGAGAAUCGCACGAAAACGUCGAAGAUACGGGUGUCUUGUAAAUAUAUAUAGUUUAUUCUCUGAAGGCGUAAACGCGGACGGUGAUUUACAGUGUCCGAUAGUGCGAGCCUAUUGUAUUCUAAUUAACGGCCUUUACGACGGUUUCGUGUAUAAGAACACAUGAUACGCAUAACAUUUGGGAACUCAUCAAUUUAAACGCAAUAGAAAUAAUCAUUAUAAUUAUGCUCAUAACGUUAACCAAAUGGUUGUAGAUUGUAAGGUACGGAAAGAGAUUAAUCGCAACAUAUUAACUGCAACUAUGCGUACUCGCAAAUGCGAAUGGGAAUAGCGAUGUAAUACGAAUAUGACGCGUAAUUUGUAAAUAUCUCGCCAUACUAUCAUAUAUAUACAUAUAUAUAUAUAUAUAUUGAAUGAGUUAUUAAUAUUUAAAUUGCAUCACAUUCAAGGACCAAAAUUAUGAAAUUAAGAUUUUACUGUCGAUAUGAAUAUAGUAUUAUAUAAUAACGACAAUAAUAGUAAUAUAAUAAUCGUUAUUUACAGAUUAGCGCGUCGAUUACUUAGACUAUUCAAAUCCAAUGACUCAACAUCAGCUCAAUUUUGCAAAUUUUUGAAAUUUAAAUAAAACUGCAUCUCAAUUAUAUAUUGUACCUCGAGACUUUUGUUUCUUUAAUACUGAAUAUUGAACUGCGGCGUCAUAAAUGAAAACGUAAAUUUCUUUCUUCUUCCACGUAUGACUGACGUCAGAAUUCAAUUUGAUUGUAGUGAGAAAAUAGGAUCCUUAAGCACAAGCAAGUUAGUGUAAAUUACUGUCACCUAAGACAAUAUUUUACAAUAAGUUACUUAAUAACUAAUGCUAUACUUUUACUUAUUUGUAAUAUUACAAAACGCAAUAAAAUCUCUGUACAUUUUGCUAAAAAUAAAACGAUCUUUGAUAAGUGAAAUACUGAGAAAAAAA